CUUGUGUCCUACUUCUCCACGGUCCACCAAAAGCAAAAGGUAGGAACCAUAUACUUUAAAUUAUAUGCAUUUUUUUCAACUCUCAUCUUUAUCCUUUUUCUUCUUUUUCUUUCCUAUAUUUUCUCUCCCAUAUCUCCAUCAUCCUUAUCAGAUUCCACUCAUCACUCUCAUGAACAUCACUGUACUCUAAGAACCCCCUUUUUUUUUUCUGAUCAAAAAAAUCCAAAUUUUUUGUUUUUCUUUCUCCACAAACAAACAUGUUUUCAUCCACCCCAUUUGUCCUCUGUUUUGCUCUGUUUCUGUCCUUACCCCUUCUCUUCGUCUUCGGCCCUCAAAUCCUCCCGCCGACGCGCAUCUCCGACGACCUCGCCGACCUAGCCCUCUUCCGCAAGGCCACCCGCGCUUCAUCUGCCGCGCGCACGCGCUCCACGCUCUCACGGUUGGGCACCGCCACGAAUCCCAAGCCGAAGAUUGCCUUCCUCUUCCUCACGAACUCCGACCUCUCUUUCGCUCCCCUGUGGGAGAAAUUCUUCCAUGGCAACGGUAACCUCUACAACAUCUACGUCCACGCCGACCCAUCUGUGAAAAUCACCCCUCCCGGCGGUGUAUUCCAGGGCCGGUUCAUAACGCACGCGAAGAAGACGGAGCGAGCGUCGCCUGCUCUCAUCUCCGCCGUUCGUAGACUACUCGCCACGGCGCUUCUCGACGACCCAUUGAAUUCCUACUUCGCUCUCUUAUCCCAGCAUUGCGUCCCUCUGCAUUCCUUCCGCUUCGUCUACAAAUUCCUUUUCCGCAACACUUUAAGGUUAACAACCUUGAAAGAAACGCUCUCGUCGCCGUCUGUCCCAACGUAUCAGAGCUUCAUCGAAAUACUCUCCGACGAGCCCACCUUGGUCGACCGCUACAACGCUCGCGGCGAUGACGUUAUGCUUCCCGAAGUCCCGUUCGAGCAAUUCCGGGUCGGAUCUCAGUUUUUCACGCUGACCCGCAAACACGCGCUGCUGGUAUUAAGAGACAGCAAGCUAUGGAGGAAAUUCCGGCUGCCUUGCUUAAACGCCGACACGUGUUACCCAGAGGAGCACUACUUUCCGACGCUUUUGUCCAUGGAAGACCCCGGUGGGUGUACCCAUUACACGCUCACGAGGGUGAACUGGACAGCCAGUUUUGACGGGCACCCCCAUCUGUACACGCCGGAGGAAGUGUCCGCUAAGCUUCUGUACAAGUUGAGGAAAUCGAAUUCGAGUUAUCCGUACUUGUUCGCUCGGAAGUUCACCCCCGAUUGCUUGUUGCCGUUGAUGGAGAUCGCCGAUGAUGUCGUUUUCCGGGAUUAAAGUAAACUCGGGACAUUGAAUGGGAAUCUCUUGGACUUUGGGAGUGGAGAUGAAUUAUGUAUGCUUGGUGUGUGGGACAAGACCCACACCCCAACAUAUCAACUGAGGAAGAAAAAUCAAAAAAAGCUUUAAUCGUAGCUUUUUGUCUGUAUAGAAGGUGGGAUCGUGCUCAAGUGUGAUGCCUUACUUUUUUUUUCUUUUCUUUUUUUCAAAUGUAUGUAUGUAUGUUUUAUAUGUAUGGACGGUGGGCUUAGCGUGGAGUAGGGAAAAGCAGUAAGCAAGGCACAUUGCUUUUUUCCUAUUUUAUUGGAAGAAAAGUUCUCCCAUUUGCCCUUUCCGCAACCUUCUCAACUUUCAAUAUGUGGCGUUUUCUUUUAAUA